UCAGCUAACAGCUCCCUCAUCGCUGGCUUCUUUCGAACCCUCGAUGUGUAAACCAGGCGAUCGAUGAUGAGGCUACGACAUCAUAAUAAAAGCCUUUGGCAUCCAUGGCUCUCUGUACACCAGACAUGUUAAGCGACGAAGAAUAGCACCAUGGCCAAAUUGUGCUUACUCGUCAACCUCACAUCAUCUGCAGUCAUUCAAGUCUAUAGUCCAUGGUUCGGUGAAGUGGCCGCUUAUGAAGAGUUGCCCAGCUUAGCGAGCUUUUCUGCCACCAAAGCACUUGCUUCACACGUUCGUAGAACUUCAAGAAUCACUGGCAUCCCCUCCAUACAUUAGCCAAGCAAGAUGGGCCUCUUCCUAGGAAUGUUGAGAGGCAAGUUCAGAAAGGGAAAGGGCAUUGCGAAAGAGGUGAAAGAUGAGCCCACCCCAGAGCGGCCGAAGCCCAAUACUGCCGUCGUUCAUGGAGGUUCCGGCCUCCUAUCACAGUGCGGCUGCGACUAUAUGGCAGUGGAAGCACGGAAUCUUGUUUACAAUGCGCCGAAUUGCUCCUCGAUAGAGACCAAGGAGUUCGAUUUAGAAUACCUGACGCAGAUCAUAGACUUACUGGAGAAGCUCAGUUUCUGCGAAAUAUGUUCGGAUGCAGCCGACUACCGGGUCUUCUUGCAUCCACUUUGCAACUGCAUCCUAGAACAGGGCGGGUUGUUCUAUCGGUCUCUGGUUCAAACGUACGUGGACAUGGACACUCAAUCGGUUGUACCAAGCGGCGACGGAAUCACCACCGAUGAAGAAAGGGCGAAUGUUUUAUCCAGAAAGGCCUAUCUUCAGAUGAAGCGACUGUACGGCAGCGUGUGUCGGCUGAUUGAAACGCUCAAAACAAAGCCAGUAUUUGACGAGGAUGCCUGGUGGCUCGUGAGUUCAGGAGCCUACCGUCUAGCGCUUCGCACAUCCUCCCUAUAUGAUUCCAGGAAAAUUGAAAAAUAAAUGGACUUGGAGAAGAUCAGGCCAAGGACAAGGACGAAAGCGCCUCUGGUAUUAGUAGGGGUUUUAGAUGAGCAUUGCAAGGUGUUUGGGUGGGUUUAUCAUGGAUUCGCUGGAGUUGCAGUUUAAUACCCCUUGCUUGUACUCUAAGUACUGUAAUGGCUUUAUUUAUUUUAAUGUUGGGAACUUGUUUUGACGGCGAUUGACCUAUUUAUUCCAUUCUUAUAGAUUCACCAGCGAACAGUUAGGUUGCUUUGUUCCAAAAAAUGGGUUGGUUACCUUG